AGAUAAAUUUUUAAUUCAGUUUGAAGCAAUGACUUCCCCUAAACGUGUCUAUUUGUGGGUGUUCCUUGCUUUAAUAUUAUUUUUGGUAAUUACACUUAAUUUUAAUAUUCGAGCAAUUCAAGAAGAAAAUACUAAGAGAAGUGAACAAAAAUCUAUUUAUGAUGAGAUCAGAAUACUGUGCAUGAUACCCUAUAAUUACAAAAACCCCAAUUCGGCAAAGUAUGUGAAACGGACUUGGGGAAAGCAUUGUAAUGUUUUGCUUUUUGUGAGCGGCGAUGUGGACGGUGAACUGGAACCCUACGUGCCCGUGGCGAAUUCUACGGAUACGUGGACCCUGGUCCAUAAGGGCCUAAUACACGCUUUCCAGAUGUUUGGGGACAAGGCCGAUUGGUUCCUCCGGGCGGAGGACUACAAUUUCGUAGUUCUGGAGAAUCUCAGAUAUAUGAUUGAUCACAAAAAAUAUUUACCCUCCCAACCGAUUUACUUUGGCUACGAACUGGAGAAUAUCUACACUCAUGAGCCUUUUAUAUUUUUCAAAAGCGGGUAUGUUUUAAGUCAUGAAGCCUUGAAGAGGUAUACUGACUUGUCUAAGGACCUCCAAAAUGAACACUGCGUGCACAUGGAAGGAUUUACGGAGGAUGUGGAGCUACAAAGGUGUCUGAGCUAUAUGAAUGUCACCACCGUGGACUGUCGGGAUGAACUGGGACACGAGACCUUUUCGCCAAUUCCCAUGGACUACCAUUUUAUAGAAGGCUAUAGUUUUAUACCAUGGCUGAAGAAUUUAAGUUUCAAGAAAGUCGAAGAGGAAACAGUUCCCCUCUCCAGUCGAGCCAUAUCAUUUAGAGUUCAAUAUCCGCCUGAAAUGUAUGAUUACUAUUAUUUUGUUUACAAAAUGAGAAUCUUUGGGCAGUUCUUGCCAAACUCUGUAGAAUUUCAGCCCCAAUAAAGGACUCACCUCGGGCA